GACCCUUUUUCUGUCAUAAACACUGAUCUUGUCAGGACCAGUCGUCGUUUAGGACUACGUUUUGAAUUGUGGUUAAGGUUAAGGUUUAGUCUGGACAAAUGAAUUAAAGUCAGAGCAGAGUCCUGAGAAGAAUAGCUGCAUAAACCAGUGUGUGUGUGUGUGAUGUGACUGAUGCCUGACCUUGGUCUCAUCACCACUUUCUUUCACAGAAACUAAACCGAGAGGUUACACAAUGAUGAAGCGUCAGUAAAGAGCUUUAUUUAAGGAGCUGACGUCGCACUUACUGUGUGAGAAGAAACACAGUCAAACUUUGGAUGCUGUCAAAUCUAAAAUCAGAGCAAGAUUACGUUUGGCAAAUAUGAUCAUCAUGGUAAGGAAGUAACAAGGGGAAGUUCAGAAGUGAAAACAAGACAGAAACCGACGGCGGAGCACCAUGAUCGGAUUCCAGUGGAGUAAAUGCAUCAAAAUGUCUUUAUUUUUGUAUAUUUUCAUGCUUCGAUUUAGAGGAACUACAGGAGAGGAUUCCCACUUCAUUGUCAGAGAAGGAGAGGACGUGACUUUGCCUUGUAAAAGCUGGAUUCAUCCUCAGGACGAGGGCGAAACUGUUUGGCUUUUCAGUGACACUCCAUCGACACAAACUGUGCAGCUGAUGAGCACCAGGGAGGACGAUGAAAAAGACCAGUCCAAAGCAGACAGACUGAGCCUCACAAAGGACCUUUCUCUGGGUAUUAAAGCGGUUAGAGUGAAGGACGCUGGUCAGUACACCUGCAGACACUACGGCAAGUCGGGAGACACAUUUCAAAGCUCUCUGGUUUAUCUGUCCAUUAUUAUCAUUCAUGAUGAAAAAAGCGGGGACACGACGACGUUGACCUGCUCUGUUUUGAGAUACGGGCAAUGCGGACACAGGGUGGAGUGGCUGAGUGACGGAACAGUGCACGACGCGUCGACGUCACGUGACUGCUCAGCCACUGUGGCGUUCAGGACCCCUCACUCCGGUCAAAAGUACGACGAGUCGUUUCGGUGCAGAGUGACAGAUGGUAGCGGCAUGAAGCUGCUGCUGUGCACCUUCAACUCUCACUCGUCCUGUGUGAAAAAAGUUUCAGGUUCUACUCAUUGGUGGAUCUACGUCAUCGACGCGGCUGUGGGUUCAGCAGCGAUCUUGGCGACUGUUGGAGCGCUCGUCGCGUGGAGAAGACGCAAAGGACACAGAACACAGACAGACAACACCGAACUGACGCCUGCUGUGACUGGGUCUGCUCCACAAACCAGUCAGGACACGGCUGAUCCUGAUGAUGGUGUUUUCUACACCUCUGUGACCUACAACAAGAACUGUGAGAGUACAGCGCGGGUAAAAGAUGAUGAUGACAGUGCUGCAGUGAUCUACAGUGGAGUGAAAAGCUUGCCCGUCAUGCCCGACGACGUCUAUGCCACUGUUGUAAAUAGACGGCAGUGAAUUCAAGUCCCAUUUCAACACAUUUUUUUUCCAGUGAAACCAAGUCACUA